AUGGAUGAAAAGGACCUCUCGAAGCCUGCCGCAGCAGCAUCAGCUUCAGACGUUCACGCUGAUGUGAUUGGAGCAGCAGAGGAAGACCUGCCUUUCCUGCCCAAUUUUUUACAAGGAUCCAGCCUUCAGACUAUCAUUGGGAGGCCUCAUAAGAAUGAGCGCCAUUGUUGGAGAAAUCGGACCUGCCGAUUGGCUUUGCUGGUGCUUGUGGUCUUGAUUCUUGGAACCGCUUGCCUUGCAUCACCCGUGGUCGUAGCAAUCCUUGCCUUGUCCUACUGGUAUAAUCAUGGUAAGCAUGAUGUGCCUUGCCCCUGGUACAUGCACGAUGCCUUGUGCAACUGGCCUCGCCUUUAUGGAGGGUCUUCUGGAGCUCUUCCUGCAUUGAAUAUCUCUGAGGGAAACAUGCUAUGGCAGGAUCCAAAGGAUCCAAAUGUGCAGGAAGCAAUGUCAGAGGCUGUGAAGGCAUUGCGUCAUGCACAGCCGCAGGAGUUUGAGAAAGACCUCUGCAACUUCAUAGAACUGUGGUUGCCACGUUUGGGCCUGAACGGGCUCAUUGACUUGCUGCUUGGAUUGGAGAUGAUCAGAGAAGGAAAUGAGGGAGUUGUGUGGGAUGUUGAUCUGGAUGACAUGAGAGAGGAGCUUGUCGAGAUUUCUGAGAACUGGAAACAUGACCUCGGUGCUUAUGUGAUUGCUCGACUGCAAUAUCAUCCAGUUGCGAACCGGACAAAGUAUGUGAAUGAUGCUGUCGAAGUGGCGGGUUCCUUAAAGCUCACUGGUGGUCCAUUGCAUGCGAUCACCUGGAUGGAAAUGACAACCUUCCUGCGAUCCAAGGGAUGGAAGGACGCCAACGGUUUGUGGGACUUUGCGCUGAGCAAGGCUUGCGUAUUGUUCAAGGAGUUGCCGGGCUUAUUUGUCCAUUGUAUCCACGGUGUUGGGCAUGGGGCAAUGGCAUCUGGAGUCCUUUUGGCCAUGGAACCAGGUGAACGUGCGAAGUAUGAGAAAAUGGAUGUAUGCCCAAAGAUUCGGCAUGGUACUACCGGGCGCGCAAUGACGCAGAAGAUGCUGGACAUUGCAUUGGCGAUUUGCCGGGAUGCCCCCGACAAGCAGUUGGGCUACGUUUGUGCCGGUGGAGUCUUUAUGGAGUACUGGAAAUCUACAGGGGGAGACUGGACGCCUAAGUAUGAUGGCCAGGCUGUCUCCCGAGAGCCGGAUGUGGUUGUGGAGCUUGGUUGGUCAAACAACCAUGACAGGGUUGCGGAUCCUCCGGAUGAAGUAUGGUCGUUUGAACACACAUGUCUAUAUUCUGACUUUCCAGCGACAUGCUUUCGCUUUGAGCCUGGCCUGGGGGUAGAGACACAGCGAAAUUCCCUCAAUGAUUUGGAAGAUAUCUCAAUCUAUGAGCCGUGUACCCAAAGCUCUUGGAGCAGCAAAGUGACUUUCGACCCAAAGCACCUCCGCGGUUGCAUUUUGGGUCGCUCUUUCCAUCUCUAUCGGGACUUCGAUUUCUGGCGUCAUGGCCGCUACGCCAUGAAAAAGGGCCAACUAGGACUGGGUCAACUCGAACGGCUCUUUACUUUAGCAGAGUGGUGCUCCAUGUAUGAGCCUCAAGGUGCCUCGCAUUUCGCCAACAAGACCACGACGCUGAAGUUGAAAUUCCCCACCAAUCCGAUGCUUCGGACUUAUGGGAACUGGCUGGCCUGCAUCGCUGGUUCUAUGGCUAGUGUGGCCUUCGUUGUGGAAGAAGAAGGUAUCGAGGAUGGCAUCGUGGAGGAUCAUUGUGAGCAGAUUUUGGAUCAGCGUGGUUUGCGACUUUGCAUCGACAUUGGUUUGAGCCGCCACUUGCGAAGUCUUCCAGAAAUGCGUAUUUGGCCUAAUGAAAUCCUGGAGCAGGAAGAUGUCCAACCGACCUAG